AUGGUUCAAGAUCCACACCCUCCGCUUCAUGAAUAUCAUCAGUCAGGUGACCUCUUUAUUGGUGGAAUUGCUUCUCACAGCUUCAUUGUCUCCAAUUUCAUCCCCUUCAAAACUGAACCCCCACAGGCAUCCUAUGAAGAGCUUAUUGUGUUGCCUAAGAAUUAUCAGCAUAUCUUGGCUUUGGCAUUUGCAGUCAAGGAGAUCAAUGAAAACCCUCAGAUGUUACUCAAUGUCACCUUGGGCUUCUACAUAUAUGACAGUUAUUUCACUAUAAAAUGGACCUACCAUGCAACUUUGCUACUUAUACAAACAUUGGAGAAGUUUGUUCCCAAUUAUAAAUGUAAUAUUGCAUAUAACCUGAUUGCGGUCAUAGGGGGAUUGGACCCCCUAACUUCCCUUCAUGUGGCAACUGUUGUGGAUACUUAUAAGAUCCCACAGCUCCAUCACUAUCUCAGAGGUGUUACCUUUAACAACAGCUCUGGUGAUAAGGUUUCUUUAGACCAGAAUGGGGAGUUAAUCGCUGGAUAUGAUAUUAUAAACUGGAUUUUUUCUUCAAACCAAUCCUUUCAUAGAGUGAAAGUUGGGAAGAUUGAUCCACAAGUUUCACCAGACCAAGCAUUCACCAUCAAUGAGAAUGUCAUAGAAUGGCACCAUUGGUUUAAACAGGUUAAGCCUCUUUCUGUAUGUAGUGAGAGUUGCUAUCCUGGUUCUAGCAAGAAAAUGAAAGAGGGGGAGCCAUUUUGCUGCUAUGAUUGCACCCCAUGUCCAGAAGGGAAGUUUUCAGAACAGGAGGACAUGAACGACUGUUCUACAUGUACAGACAAAACCUAUCCAAGCAAUAGACAGGAUUUCUGUAUUCCUAAGGUCAUUACAUUUUUGUCUUACACAGAACCUUUGGGGAUAAGUUUUACCUUUUUGGUCCUUUCUUUUUCUUUGAUCACAGCUGUGGUGCUAGGAAUGUUUAUGAAGCACAACGACACUCCCAUUGUCAAGGCCAACAAUCGCAAUCUCACCUACACUCUCCUUUGCUCUCUCCUGCUCUGCUUCCUCUGUGCAUUACUAUUCAUUGGCCAGCCUGGGGAGAUGACAUGUCUCCUCCGACAAACUGCUUUUGGCAUCAUCUUUUCAGGGGCUGUUUCUUGUGUGCUGGCUAAAACCAUGACAGUGCUUCUGGCUUUUAUGGCCACCAAACCUGGAUCUAGGAUGAGGAAGUGGGUGGGGAAAAGACUUGCAUCCUUCUUUGUUCUUUUCUGCACCCUUCUUCAAGCAGGCAUUUGUGCUGUGUGGAUAGUAACCUCUCCCCCAUUUCCAGAUGUUGACAUGUGGUCAGUUACGGAGGAAAUUGUCCUGGAAUGUAACGAGGGUUCAGUGACUAUGUUUUAUUGUGUUUUGGGCUAUAUGGGCUUCCUGGCAAUUAUCAGUUUCAUUGUGGCUUUCCUUGCCAGGAAGUUACCUGACAGUUUCAAUGAAGCCAAAUUCAUCACUUUCAGCAUGUUGGUCUUUUGCAGUGUUUGGCUAUCCUUUGUUCCAGCCUACCUGAGCUCCAAAGGUAAAUACCUAGUUGCUGUGGAGAUCUUUUCUAUCUUGGCCUCCAGUGCUGGACUGUUGAGUUGCAUCUUUGCCCCAAAAUUUUACAUUAUUGUGUUGAGGCCUGAGCUGAACAACAGGGAACAUCUAAUAAGAAAGAAAACAUGA